CAGGACGGGGCAGAGGCGGCGGCCGUGGCGCCUACUACCGCGCUCUCUACGGCGGAGGGCGGGGACGCGGCGGUGGCAGUCGAAACGAGAAUCAAGGUUACGACCAUCGCCCGACUCAGCAUUCAUCAUCCCAGGCGCCAGACGACAGGAAUGCUGGCAGCGGUGUGGAGAAAGACUGGCAGCAGCUGCAGAGCGAUUUGCGAAGCAUCGACUCUCAACAGUACGGAGCUUACAAGCGGCUUUAUGGCAAGUACCAGCAUCACGAUCCUGGAUUUGUCUUGAGCUUUGAUCACAUACAAGGCGACGCCUAUGCUUCCCCUUCACGCGUGAGAUCGAUUGUGCCAUGGCGGGCGACAGGAUUUCCAAGCAACUAUCUAGAGUCCGACGUGCGACGCAUCGCCCUGUGCGAUUUCGUGUCAAGAGUCGCUGGCACGAUCAUCCAAAAUCGGCAUCUUAACGACAAUGUGAAAGGCUCAGGCGGAGGCUGGUCCGGGCCUAAAGGCGGAGCGUUCUCGAUAUGUAUGCCUGGACAAGAGAUCCUGCCUCGAACAUCAGCAAUUAUCAACGGUAAUGAGUCCAUUGAGCUUCGAUUCACAGUGUCUUUACCAGCAGCUGGCAGAACUAUCCUAGGCCAGCAAGCGUGGCAGAUACUCGGUGUCAACCUUGUGGACGUUGUAAAGCAAUCGCUGUUGCUGGCGAGCUUGGACGCAAAGAAGCUGGCACAGCAUAUCCUCUCUGCUGAGGUCCAACAAUCACUUCGGCUCCAGCUUCGGGAUCGUGGCCUAGUGUCGUUUAUCGCCAACGGCGCUAUCCUUCCACGUUCGUCUGGCGCCGCACAGACACCCAUGAAAGGUGCUUCUGUGGUGCCGUUCAAGUCUCCCAAGGAGCUCGAAACUACUCUCACAGCCUCCGAUGGUACUGUGUAUCACGGCAUGGGCGUACCUCGAGGAAUAACGCUUUUGACUGGCGGAGGCUUCCAUGGCAAGUCAACAUUGCUUGAGGCAAUCGAAUUAGGCAUCUACAAUCACGUUCCAGGCGAUGGACGCGAGGCUGUAGUCACAGAUGAGUGCAGCGUCAAGAUCAGGGCUGAAGACGGCAGGUCAGUCUGCAAGACAGAUAUUAGCCCUUAUAUUUCUCAGCUGCCAGGCGGUAAAGACACAAGAUUAUUUACCAGUGAGGACGCCUCAGGUUCUACCUCAAUGGCAGCGAAUAUCCAAGAAGCACUUGAAGCAGGCUGCAAGGCUCUGCUUAUUGAUGAAGAUUCUUCUGCGACGAAUCUUCUUGUGCGCGACCGCAGGAUGGAGGCUCUCAUUCGCAACGAACCGAUAACACCAUUGAUCAGCAAGGCACGAGCCUUGUAUGACCAGUACGGCGUAUCGACAAUCAUUGUGAUAGGCGGGCUGGGAGACUGGCUGUCAGUGGCAGACAAUAUCAUUGCGAUGGAUGCAUAUCUGCCAUCCUGCAUCAAUGUGCAAGUACAGGACGUGCUCCGCGAAUACCCUACUGCCGUGACCGAAGACACUACCUACGGAUCUAUUCCCAAGCGUGCUUUCCGAAUCGAUCUUGAAGGCCUGCGCUCUCCCUACGCCUCACGCAAAAGGUUCAUCACCAUGAACUCACAGAGCAAGGAUGCUGUAGACGAUCCUUCUCGCGCUGAAAAUGGAAUCGACCUGAGUGGCCUAGACCAAAUUGUCGAGAUUGGGCAGUCGCGGCUGGUUGCCACCAUCCUGCAGCAAAGCGCACAACUGACCAAGGGUGAGGCGCUGACCAUAGCAGCUCUGCUCGACAGACUUGAAACGAGAACCGGUAUCGACGCGCCAAUAUCGGCCGCGCUCGUUGGUGGCGACCAAGUGGCUGUUCGUCGGUUCGAGGUUGCAGCAGCUCUCUCUAGGCUCCGCGGAUUGGCAUUGCGAGUCGAUCGAGCUCCCUGAGCAACGCACGUGAAACGUCAAACAUCUUCGGUCAGUGUCCAACACUCUUGCAGAAGAGUGAGCCUCACUUGUUCUGAGCCUUCAUGUGCAUGGGAUCAGUGAUCUGCAGCCUCCAUCUAUGAAAAGCACGGACUGGAGGCAGCGGCACAAGCGAGAGCAGAACGCGCAAUAUGACACCUCAACGAUCAGCCGUUGGUGACCGCUUGUCAAGCAUUUCAGCAACCUAGCCAAGACACGUGCUCGAAGCAUUCCAACAACACUGGACCCGAACAUUGGCAAACACGGGAGAUCGGCUCAGCUUGCGCAUUGCGUGCGACAAACAUUGGCGCCUUGCAGCACUUUUCAAACAUGUCGUUCUCCAACAAAUCAGUCACUGAUAGGGCUAUGUAGUCAUUCUUCCCGCCGCGAAGUACACUCAUGUGUGGGGAUAUACUGAUAUGAUUAUGGGGCAUAGGGCAAUUGCCAAGUCUAGACUGCAGCCAAUGACGCAUCAGUGUCAUUCCAGUCGACACUCAUUGGUUGAGCCAAGACCCGUCAACUCAAUGGCUUUCACCAGCCAAGUCGGGUAGGAAAAACUUUUGUUUGCCUCUUGCGGCGCUCU